GGCAUCAUCGGGUAGUCACCGGGUGAUGGCACACCUUGCCGGCCGGAGAGAAUCUCCUCAGUGGAUCCCAGCCCCACCAUCAGGAAGGGAACGAGUGCAGAUGAGUGAUUCAUAAAGUCCAUUGGAAUUUGGACUUGAAACUUGGUCUUUCCUUUGCCCCCUUCCGAACUCCGCUGCACCUGCGAAAGAGAACCCAUUCAUCCCAACGCGGGCAGGUGGUCAGAGGGAGGCAACAAAGUUAUUUCCUCAGCCCCGCUUCCUGAGACUGGGGCUGUGUACGGCAGAUAUUUGCAAAGGAGAAUAAGUGAUGGAUUUCAUGCCAUGAUGGGAAAAGUUGGAAAUAGGAACCAGAUGUGGCUCACAGUAAAUUCAUCUCAGCAGCUGCUGUGGAUUCAUCCCGGGUCUUCUUAAUUCCACUGGACGUUUGAUUGCGACGAUGGCAACACAGGAGACAGUAGCGGCCCUGGGAGUCUUCUGAGCCCACGGCCAUGUCUACAGGAAGCUCAAGGCCCAGACUCUCCCCCAAACCCUUUUCCAAAGACGCGUCUUCAGAGAGUUUCGCCAAUGUGAAAUUUCCCAUCACAUCCCUGAAGGGCAGCCAUGGGACGUGGGGAGGCCGCUGGCCCGGCCCCGCAGCGGAGAGCGAUAGAGAGGACAAGGCCCAAGAUGACAAUAUGCCUUCCCUAGUGGAACAAAACGCAGCCAAAGAUGAGCGUCUGAGCCAAAACGCGACCUUCUCCACCAAGACCCUCUACCCUCAAGCAGGUCCAAACACGGUGAUCGUUUUUGCCGCGGCCAGCAUCGAGAAACCCGGGGAGCGGACGACGCUGACCGCCGAGGAGCUUAGACAAGAUGGAGCCACUUCCUUUAGAGAGGUGCCACCGUCCCCGGAGCCCCGGGGGACGACCGAUCUGGGAUUACAUUCCCGGAAACCUCCCGGCGCUCUCUGCCGACAGACGUCUCUCUCUUCCGAUCCAAAGCAAGUCACCCAGAGAUCUCCCGGGACGGGGGUCGAGCAGGAUCCCCGAGAAAACCACGCCUCUCGAACCCUCCUGGACUGCCAGCGAAGGGACACCGACAAAGCUGACUCGACUCCCAAGGUACAGUUAAGGCCCAAGAGGAGGCCCGUGUCCGCCAUCUUUCUGGAGUCCAUUCAAGAUCGAAAUGAGAACGGUUCGGCCGCCUCGGGAGAAAACUCUCCACCUGCCACUCCGGAGAAACCGUGCAUCAGAAAACCUAGGCCUCUCUCCGUGGAUCUUACAGCCAAAUUUGAAAAUAAAAGCGUUCCCCCCAAGAUAAGUAGCCUCUGGGGUGAGAGCAGAGAAAAGGGACCCUCAAACAACCCCGCUGAUACAGACCAGCGUCGAGAACGCCCUGUUUUAGAACGGAAAGCCGAGGAAUCACGGUCCGCGACGGGAGAUCCCACCCCUUCCGACUGCAGAGGAGGGGCUCACGAGCCCGAUUUUCUCGAUGUCCAAAACAGAAUCAGGGAGCGGAAGCAGACAGCUCCCCUGAAACACGCCGACUCGCUCGGCUCCGGAACUUUGGCCGAGAUCUCAUCUAAGAUCCAGUGGCCCCCUAGGGAAAAUCCCACCAAGGUGGAAAACGGACAAAACAAGGAGACGGGCCCUUCGAUUCUAUCACGUAAGGCAGACGGAAGUGGGGACGAUGGAAAGGAGAUGCCCAAGGAGGAAGGGAGGCCAAGGGAGAAGUCGUCGGAAAGGACCCAUCUCCCCGACACUUCCCCGCCAACCGAGUGGGCCAAGGGUAACGUCAAGAAGCACAUCAGUUGGUUUGGCUCAGAGAACCGCUUCUCCCCUUCCGGGAUUGAACCUCCACCUCCCUCCUCCGUUGAGAAGGAUAACAAGACCGGGAACGUUCAGGACAGUAGCAAAGGUUGGAAAAAAGACGGCCAAGAUAUCCCGGGAAGGGGUCUCUGGCAGCCAUUUCCUCCGAGGCCACUGUCUUCCGAUUUAACUAAGGUGUUUUCAAGUCCGGCUCCAGGCAGCGAAGGGAGAUGGGAGCCAUCUGCUGAGCCGAAUUCUCCUAAAGAACCUCAAGGAAAGCCUAAAGAUGGACAUCCUUGGCCCGAAACAGACUUGGACGACGUCUUCGCUUCAGGCAACCAGAGGAAGUCAGUGAGAAGAUCGGACAAGGCCGGGCAGAUCGAGAGGAAGGGAAGCUCCUUCAGAGAAGGAACAGGUUCCUCUCUUCAGACCCAAAGUGCCCCGGGGAAGGAGCGAAAUGCCGAAGACAAGUCAAGACCCUCUCCGUCGGAAGAAGAGGAAAACUGUCGAACCGUUAGGGCAACGGUGUUUGAACAUCACGUGCAAAGGUGCCACGUCGGGGAUCGGCCCGGAACGACUGAGCCCGCAGCGAAGCUUUCCGGCAGACUCUCUGACGAGGCCUCGGCGGCGACGGGCUUCGGCCGUGAGAGAGGAUGUGAGCCGGGGGACAAAAGGGAAGGCGGAGCCGAAGGCCCCCGGGGGUUCAGAGGUCGGGUCUCCGUCCCAUCCGCAGCUCCGUUGAACGAAGAGCAGAAACUCUUCCCGGCCGACGAUCGGGCGAGCGACGGAUGGAAGAAGCCCACGCUCCUUCCCAGCGAAAAUCGCCCCGUUGGCCAAGAGUGCGGGCCGAGGCGUGACAUCGUUCCCGGGAACGAGGUCCCGAAAGAGGAGGCGGCGACAGGUCGGAGCCGAGAGCACCGGGCUUCCGUGUGGGAGAGAUACCUCAACCACGGUCUGCAGAAGAAGCCAGGUGGUCAGACGGGCUCUUUCCGAGCUCCCGUCCUGGCUUCCCCAGUCAGAGAUAGGCCGGAAGCGUCCGGGCCUGGCUUCGGAGAAGCCAAAGUCGAGUCCGGUGGCGACCCAGUCCCACACGGACGCGGGCCCGAGCCCUCACACGCCAGAAGCCGGGACGAGGGAACCACCGCCAGAGAGACGGGGACGACGUGGCACGUCCGGAGCUCGAGGAGGAAGAACGAAAGUCCGACCCGUGUUCCCGAGAACUUUGUAGUUCAAGCCGUCCGGGCCUUGGCCUGUGACACGAGCCCUGCCGUGGGUCCGGAGGGAGUUUCGGCUCAAGGAAAGAAAGCAGGCGGUCGGUCAUCAGCGGAAAAAGGAGACCAGCUCUAUCCAUCCUCAGCGGAUCUACACCCUAGGACAGACCGUGGAGCCGAGGAAGGAGAUUCCUUGAGCCUCAAAAUCGACCCCCCGAAAAAUGCCGCGCCCCACACCGGCGAGCAGAGCCGGUUCCGGGAGGCCGACCAGAGAGUCAGGAAGCCCCGGGAGAGCGAGGGGAAAGGGGUGGAAAGAUGGCGGCGGAGGACGUUACCCGUCCAUCUGAGGUUGGAUGAGUUCGGCCUGUCGGAACGUUCGAGAAGGCUCGAGAGGAGGGGUGAGCUCUUGCAAACCGAUGACGAGGAGGUGAGAAGGAAAAGUCAACACCUUCAAGGCGGUGGAGAUUCGAAGGAGACCACCCUGGUUGCUUCUCGGGAACCGAGCGACAGACCGUCAAAAACCGUCCCCUCUGUUUCCCGUGUCCCGGAAGAUAGAAGAGAAAAGAGCACUUCCAGCUCAGGUGGUGAAAGCAGACAGCUUUUUUCGCUGGGCAAAGACCCGCCGGUUAAUUCGAAUCCCACCGAUAAUUCCAGCGGAAACCUCAACUCUCCGUCUCCGCACCCGUCGACCAAUCUGCCCUCCGCCUCCCGGGGAAGUUCUCCCGGGGCCAUCGAUAGCAAGAACUUGCGGAGGGAUAAUUUAAACCUGUUGAAACAUAAUAAACCUCCUGAACAGUCGCCGCUUCCCGAGGAUGAGAAGAGGCGGUCCGGUAGCCAAAGCCCUCGGUCUUCCGGUUUCGAUGGAAGGGUGAUCGACGUUGACGCUUUGUUGUUCAGGGGCCGGCCGGAGAAUUCCAGUAACCCCCGGGACGAUCCGAAAGGCAGCGGACGCCGAGGGUCUUCCCGUCACAUCCCGGCAUCCACCCCGCGCUUUAAGAGUCCCUGCAAAGAGAGCGACACGAUAACCGGAAAGAAGCGGGACGGAGUCAAUGAGGACGCGCUCGGCAGGGAGCGGGGAGACGGGUUCAAGCACCAUAUUCUCGAUAUCGACGCCCUGAUGGUGGAGUACAAGGACGGACGCGGGAGAGGUCAGGCCCGUCAAGAAGAACGCGACCCCCCGACUUCGGAGCGGGGUGGGUCCCGGCGGGAGAGGCCGGACCGCGGGAGGGUCGCUGAGAAGAUGCCUCCGAAGUCCGGCUGGACGGAUCGGAAAGAAUCCCGGGAUCCUUCUCAUCCCAGGAGAUCGCACGGUCUCUCCCCGCCCCGUCGGCGACCGGGAAGCUUGACGAUAGCGCACCCCCCGCCGGAAUCCGCCAAGUGCCCGGCGGAGUCUCCCGGCCGAGACGCCGGCGGGCGGAACUCCCAGGAUCCACGGGGAAGUCAUCCGUCUUCGCUCUCCGGUCGGCCCGCGGACGCGACGGAUCGUGGGGACGGUCCCCCGAUGACCGGGGGAGUGGAGAAAGAGACCCCCGGGUCGGGAAGACAACAGGGGCCGGAAGGCCGGGGCUCCCAGCGGGAACCCAGGCGGGACCCGGGGACGGCGGCGGCUUCCGAAGAGGUUCCCGGUAGGCGGACGGUGCGGAAGAAAGAUGGGGAGAGUUCCACCCACGGGCGGAAUAAAGCCAGGUGGAGCGACUGUGGGAUCGAUCCGGAAGCCUUGCCCUCGGAGAUCAAGCGCACUUACUCGGAGAUGGGUCCCCCCUGGAAGAUCAGAGAGGAGCUCUCUCUCAAGCAGGAAGCCAGGGGAAGACGGGGUCCACAGAAUUGCCGGCUGAGCCUCCCCGAGGAAAGUUCUGAAAAUCAGCUGGCAAGAAGAGGGCCGUCUCUUCGGGAAUUGGAGCCUGGCGAGGAGAAAAAGGCGCCCCAGGACUUGGAAAGACAGAGGUCGAGGCCUCGUCCGGGCAGACCCCUUGGGAGAGACCCCACCCCUCUGCCGCUGCCGAGGAGAAGCCGCAGUUUUUGUAAGGACAAGAAAACGGAGCCAUUUCGGGACCAGCUGAGGGACUGUUUGACCAGAGCCUCUCCGGAAGCCAAGGACACGGACACCCUCGUCCAAGAGGCCGACAGUCAGUAUGGAACCUGGAACGAGCAGGGCCACAGCAGGGACAGCUUCACCGCGGAGUCCCCGUCGUCCGACAGCACCGUCAGCUCAGCGCGGAAGCAGCAGCCGGGCGUCCGGCCGCCUUCUCUCUCGUCUCAGACGGAGCCGACCUCCGGGGCCGCCCAGAUCGGCGGCGACUCCUCCAGGGACCAGAGGAGCAUCAGCCUGGACCGCUCCAGCACGGACUUGGAUUCCACCGACGGCACCGAGGCGUCGCUGCCCGCCCUGCCCGACCCAGACGGGAAGAGCGACGAUUUCUCCUUCAUCGACCGCACGUCCGUCCUGGAUUCCAGCGCCCUGAAGACGCGAGUCCAGCUGAGCAAGAGGAGUCGGCGGCGAGCGCCCACCUCCCACUCGUGCCGUGGGGCCCGGACCCCCGAGGCCGCGGACGGGACGCCCCUGCCCGAGGAGAACGGAAGCUCCUGGAUGUUCAGGGAUUCCACAGAGGAGAAGUCGCCGGCCCCGAGGGAAGACGGCGACGGCGGCGAUGAGGAAGCGAGUCCCCGGUCGGAGAGAGUCCCAGGAGGCCCCGCCCCCCGGCGGCCCGCGUUUCCGGGCAUGGACCCGUCCGUGCUGAAGGCUCAGCUCCGGAAGAGACAAGAGGAAGACGUCCCCGCCGAAGCCACGAGUUCGAAGAAGUGGUCAAAGUCUCCCAAGUCGCCGUUCCAUGCCGGGAAUCUCGGCAGUAGAGUCCUGCCCCCUGGUGGAGUGAAGGAGGACGGUUCGCAAGACUCAUCUCCCCAGUGGCUAAAAGAGCUGAAAUCAAAGAAGAGGCAGAGCCAGUAUGAGAAUCAAGCUUGAAAAGCAUCGCGGACGGACCGCUAUCCUUUCCGGGCAGACCACGAUCUAGAAGUCGAACAGAAGCCUUAACUCCACCCGAACCGGAAGUCGGGCCGUUCCCGCUCGCUUCCCACCUCCCCGCGGGUGGGCGGUGCGGCCCCUUCCCCCCGCCCCCCUCCACCGGCAGAAGCGGCCGAAGGAUCGGACCCCGGGGAGAAACUCGGUUGGACACCGACUGGGGGAGCCUUUCGGGACCACCCGAGGCGAGGGCCGGCGGCGGGGGGUGGGUCCGAUCGAGCCCUCCGGCCCAUCCCGUCCAACGUCUCCCUGACUGGGGAUGACGUGAGGGGGGCCGGGGGAGACGCUCCGAGGAACGCCUUGGUUGGCGAGCUCUUCGGCGCCUGGGAACGUUCUCUGAGGGGACGUCUCCCCUCGACUCAGUGAGUUCUGGAACGAGCUGAAUCGGGCGAGAUUUCGUUCCUCUCAUCCCCUAGCCCGGUUCCUUUAUGGCAACGGCAACUCUCUGAGAAGAAAAGCCGAUUAGAGAGCAAAAAGUAUUACCGUGAGCCGGCCGGGAAGGAACCGGGAUUCCGUAGGUCGGUGUGGCCCGUCUUUCAGGGACGGGGCCCCCGGUGACUAAACCCGCGAGCCCAGCGCACGGAAUUGUAAAAUGAACAAACGACAGUUUUUGUUUCUUCGGUCGGGUUGUACGCAUCGUCGGCGUGUAGUAUCGAUGCUUCAGUAGCCUUUUUUUCCUUCUUUUUUCACGGGGGAUAAAAAGCAAUAAUUCCAAUCGAAUCUCUUUAAAACUAGAUAUACAUAUCUAUUUUUAUGUCAGAGGAAGGGGCCGCAGCGCCACGUGGAGCGGGUUGGCUAUUUUGUUCGUGUCUCAGGUUGCCCUUCCGCCGCCCUCCCGUUUUGGGGGCUUGCGCUCGUCAGUGUCCGAUGAGCUCAUUUUAUUUUUUAUUCUGAUUUGUCGGGCCGGCCGGCCGACCGGGACGCGAGAGAGGAACGGACGCGUCACGGAAAACACAGACCGGCGGGAGCCGAAGCGGCCCAGCCCCUGCCUCUGGGGUCGUGGCGGGGUGGCGUCCGCUGUGUUUUGACAGAGACCCGGGCCCUGCUUUCCGCUUGCCGAUCAGUGCACCCGCCCCCGCGUCUCAGUAAGUGUUCUUCCGGAACGGCCAUCCGGCGAUCGCGAGGGAUCGGCGUCCGAGAGGCCGACGGCUGCCGAGACCAGGGAAGCAGUACGGAGCCUCGGGCCCGGGACCCCCGAGCCGUGCACUCCCAGCAUCCUCCAGGGACGCCGGAGACCCCGACCGCCAUCCCCCACCUUCUGCCCGUCCCCCUUCUGGCCUCCGUCCGACCCCGUCCCGAUGAGAUCCGGCCACCCGCGAGCCGACGCCCCAGUCCCAGUUUGAUUCCUUCACCGCCUCCGGCUCACCAGAGGGACUACCCGCCUCUCUGGCCGCCCAGCUCCCAGCUACCCUCCGCGCGCCCGCAUCCCGGGGCCAACCCGGUCGGGAAGAAGAAUCCAGUCAAUGUCCCCGGUAGCCGGGUCGGGGAAAGGGCUCAUCGCAACGACCGUCUUCCCGAGAGGAGUCAUGGAAAGGGGCGGGGAGACCUGCUCCGCCACUCUCUACCAGCACCUUCCAGAAUUGGGGAAUCCCUUCUGCCUCCAGAUGUUGGAGCGACGCCUUCUCAGCCUCUCGUGGGAGCACCAGCCAGUCGGGUCUCCAGGGAAACGGGGACAGCCAUCUCUCCCGGGCCGAGAGUACCGGGAUAGAAUCCCGGGGGACGGGCUACAGCCGGGGGGAAGACGCGGGCACCCGCAUUUCCAGAGAGGCCCCGCCAGCCGAUUAGAAUCCGAUCUGGGGACUUCUGGCAUUCCGCCUGGGGUUAUUAGGGUCGCCAGUCCAUCCCAUCGGAGCGUCUCCCGAGACGUCCGUGCAUUUCCCCGCUGGUCCCCAGAAGGUGGACAUCGUCUCCGCCCACGUGGCCAGCGACCCCAACCUGGACUGAUAUUUACGGAGAGAAAACCGCACGUGGAACCGUCUGCGGACCUAGAGCACGGACUUCGAGGCAUCCGGGCUGUGCGUCGGGGGGCGGGGGAGGAUUUAAAUUCCUUGGUGGUGAUUGUGUGUGAGUGUGUGUGAGCGUGUGUGUACGUGUGUGUGUGUGUGUUACUUUGAGUUCUCUGAAGCUUUGUAAACGAUCUCAGUGAUUCCUCGAGCGGGCCUCGUCUCCCUCGACCGCUUCCGAGGGGUUUGGAAUCGGAGCCUUUCCUGAAUCCCUCCAGGAUCAGGCGUCCUCCGCCGCGUGGAGCGGUGAGGAGACCGACUCCGCCCCCUUUCCCCUCCCCGGGCGUCCGUGGGCCUCGAGGUCGUUGGGAAGACACGCGAGACCCUUUUGGGUUCCGGAAGGGGGUGCAGCAUGCACUGAAAAUGAGCGCACAGUAUUUCGCCAGUAAUGAACAAUGUUUUACAAUGUCUAAUUAAAAAGGAAAUCUUUAGAACCAAA